AUGAAACCCGAACAGCUCCCCUCAGGGCACCGCCCACUGCCACCUUCGUCGGAUACCGCGCAUUACGCCCCGGUGAUGAAUCUCUACGCCAACUAUUCCGGCGCUCUGGGUCUGAGCGCCAUGAAGAGCCACAAGCUCUGCGGCCCAACCGAGAGUAACUUCCUCUACUUGGUCGAAUGCCAUUUCGGCUACACGCCUCGCGAUCCACUCAACUUUGGCCGCGGAUACUACCUCCGCAACGGAACGUCGCUCAAGGACCAAUCCUCGCGGCUAUUGGCGAAGAUUUCCGAUCCCACUUCUCGUCUCGCUGUAUGA